GCCCAUAGCAAGUAUAAAACGCACACACCACUCAUCCUCAUUUAGCCGCCUAGGGUUUUUCAACUUGUACUCCUCUCUCAGCAAAGCAGCAGCAGCACAUCAACAACCACAACCAUGGCUGAGCAGACGGAGAAGGCAUUUUUGAAGCAGCCCAGGGUUUUCCUGAGCUCGAAGAAGUCUGGAAAGGGGAAGAGGCCCGGAAAGGGAGGAAAUAGGUUCUGGAAAAGCAUUGGACUGGGAUUCAAAACACCCAGAGAUGCUAUUGAAGGAACAUACAUUGAUAAGAAAUGCCCAUUCACUGGCACUGUUUCUGUCAGAGGACGUAUCUUGGCUGGUACUUGCCACAGCGCAAAAAUGAACAGAACCAUUAUUGUUAGGAGGAACUACCUUCACUGGGUCAAAAAAUACCAGAGAUAUGAGAAGAGGCACUCAAACAUCCCAGCUCACAUCUCCCCCUGUUUCCGGAUCAGAGAAGGAGAUCAUGUUACCAUUGGUCAAUGCAGGCCAUUGUCCAAGACAGUGAGGUUCAAUGUGUUGAAGGUCAUCCCAGCAGGAUCUUCUGGUGGUGCAAAGAAGGCUUUUACAGCAAUGUAAGAAGCUGGCUUCUCUAAUGAUGUGAUGGUGCCGGAAUUUAAUAGACCUAUAGGCGAUGACCUUCGCUGUUUUAUCAGUCUUUAGAUUUAAUUGAAUGUAUGGAUGCUGUUCUUUUCUUUACUGUUCUCUUCUUUAUGAUAUCCUAGAUUUUGUUCUGUUACUGUUACUAUCGAUGGAAGAUCCAGAUUUGCAAUUUUGAGGAUAUUUAUUGUUUCGUUCU